AUGUACAGUAACAGUUCAGCCUCUUCGCCCGACAUUCUUGGGACCCCUGGCGACGCCGAAUAUCUAAUUUCCUCGCCGAUCAAGCCCUUCACCGGCCGCCAGAGCGCCAUGUCGCCGGCCAACUUCAAACUGCUGCAAACACCGCGAACCGGCUCCCGCCCACGCGCCAGCUUCACCCCCGGCGGUCGCAGCGCCCACUCAAUCCGUUUCGACGAUGUUCUGCUCCCCGCCUCGCCGUCCAUGAAACUAGAUGGAGGGCAAAUGUCGUUCUCGCCCGACAAAGCCCAGACCGACGGGAAUGUCAGCCCGUGGAGGAUUCGCGUAACGCUGGAGGCAACGCAGGACGACGAUGAAAUGGCCGUUGACAGUCCGCGCAAACGUCUACGUCCCGUGACUACGACCACGACCAAAAUACCGCUGAAGGGGGAGGAGGCGUCUGUGGAGGAAACCCCGCGCAGACGCAGAGGGCGUCCCAGGAAGUCGGACCUCGUGGAGCAGGAUGCGACCCCGAUCCCCGGCAGCCCCGGACACACGCCGGGCCCGGUAGGCGCGAGUGGACAGAAGAGGAAACGUGGUCGACCGAGGAAAAAUACGCCGGUCUGGGAUGCAACCGAGGCAGCGACGGGUUCCCAGGAGGCUCGAAUGCCUGGUAUCCAGGAGGCCCAGGAAAACCAGCGAAUUCAGGAACUACACGAUGACCAGGACGAGCCAAUGGAAGAUGUACAUGAUACCCAGGAAGCCCGAGCAACGCAGGAUUUUCAAGAAGACCGAAGGGUCCAAGAAAUUGAUCAAGCGGCCCCUUUUUAUGAACCUCAGCGGAGCUUCAGUCCCCUGAACCUGGCCGGAGACGCUGAUUCUGAUGACGAUGAUCUACCCGACGUCCAAGAUUUUGGCGCUCCAUUAGAAAAACCCACCCCCACCCAAGGGUAUCUUGGGGGUGCUCACGAGAACCGAAGCUCACCGCGCGUGCGAUUUGAGCAGACAUUCGAUACGCCACAUGUCGAUUCGCCGGAUGAACCGUACAUGGCCAACGGAAGUGGCCAUUGGGGUUCAACUCCCUCGAAGAUGCCAUCCCCUUCUCGUGAGCGAAAUAUCAUUUCCCCCGAUAACACUCUACAUGCUGGCCGUACACCCAUGCCACCACGCACUUACCCUACUCCGACCUCUUCAUCCUUGGUUGACGAGGAGAAGCGAGACUCGGCACCUUCGGCAUCCUCGGACAACCCGACCACGAACGGCAACCUGCGACCAGACGAAUCACAUCACACAGAAGACCCGACAGACGAACGAAGGGAAUUCGACUCGAUCAUAGAGAGUGAAGGGUUCAGCAUGGUAUCGUUGGAUACGUUACCGUCAGCGAAGCAACAUGGUCUCGAGGGGAAGGAGGACUCUAAUAUAGGCAAAAGUGCUCUCAGGCGUGUUUGGAAUCAAGAUACAAUCGGGUCACUACAACGAAGGACUAGCAGAGACGAGUCAGGCAGUGUUUCGAGUUCACGAACUAGACAAUCAUCGAAGGAACCACGAAAAACGAGGCACUCCCGACAACCCAGUAAUAGGCCAGGGUCUUCAAGUGCCAAACCCAAGCCAGUCAAGAGCCCCUCGCCGAUUGUGUCACCACCUGCAAGGUCGGCGCCUAAGUCUACAAUCCGGAAAGGCCCGUUAUCCAGGUUGGCCAGAAUAAUCCGCUUGGGCGUAGCACUGGAAGGUACCAUGAGACAUGCAUACGAGUCGCCAGACGUUAUGGCGACUCCGCAUAUCCCAAACACGGGUGACCAAGUCUCCGACAUGGACGCCUCCCGAAAACGUAUGGAGAUCAUUUUCAGCAAUUUCAAUCCCACAAUGCACCAUGAACUGCGCGGGGCGCUUAGGUUCGGGCAUGAACUGGCAAGAAGAAAGAGACAAGCGGAGUUGGAAACAAUCAGACCUCGGAAGGCUACGAAAUCACCGAUGACGGACACACCGCGGGAAAAGGGACGAGAUGCUGCACGCGCCUCUGCGACUCCACUCCAGCAGGCAAAUAGCAACAGAAGAACCAAAUCGCCGAGCACCAUGAUGAAACGGCGAAUGGAAGAAUGGCAGAGGGAGCGGGAGGCUAUCAGUCGCGAGAUUCAAAUGGCCAACACGAGUCAAGUCAUAGUCAUCGGCAGCGAUGACAGUGGCCCUGGUAUUGAUGAACAAGAUACACGUGAACCUUCGGUCGAGCAGGAGCAGGAGCCAGAGUUCAACCGGGCUGCUCCUUUUGAAACCCUUGCAGAUCCAGCCGAUGAUUACUCUGACGACGAUGAUCAGUACAAUGACUACCAGCAACGUCAGAAUUCCGACGAGUAUCAAGACGAAUAUCAGGAUCAGGACCAGUACCACGAUCAGUAUCAUGAAGACCUGGAUCAAUAUCCGGAUCUACAUGAGGAGCAACAUCAGCAUGCACAUCACCUUCAGAGCCCUGCCCAAGGCCUGGAUGUAAUGGACGAUCAAUAUUAUCGAGACCUGGAUCUUGGGGAAGAUAAAGAUGACUAUGAGCAUUAUCGAGAACUAGACCUGGGUCCGGAUUCGAACGAUGGUGAUGAUGAUGAGGGGUAUCAUCGAGACUUGGAUCUAGGUCCGGAACAAAAUGAGGGUCAAUAUCAAGACCCGGAUCAAGACCAGUAUGAAGAUCCACAUGACGAACAGCAUCUUCAUAGGUAUCAGCAUGAAAGUCCAAUCCAGGACCAGGGUGUAGAUGACGUUCAAUAUCCAGACUUGGCUCACCGAGACGAAAAUGAAGAGCAGUACCAACAUGAUGAUUCCGAGGAGGAUGAGGAUGAAGACAUCUGGCAGCAAGAAGCACAUAACCAGAGCGCUCACUCCCACCGUUCACCUGUCACAUACGACCAACAGAAUGACAUGGCUGCUGGCAAAGAGUCCAGUCCGUGGGAAAAUGGCCUUAACGAUACUCCAGGGGAGCAAGGCGAGUCGUCGCCAGACUACUGGAUCACCAAACAGGACAAGGUACCCUUCUUAGGUCAGUCGCGAGUGAGACAACUUCGUGAACAAAACGUCGAUCUUUCAGGUAUUUUACGCGCAGAGUACACACCAAGACGCUCGCGCUAUUAUCACGGAACUAGUAGUCCCAUGAGCGCUGCCAAAUCCAGACCUCUACAGAGCUCGCCAUCGACCAAAGCGUCCCAACAUGACGAUGUCCGAGGGUACGUGCCCGAAAACAACCUACAGUCGGAUGGCUUCUUGGCGUCGAGCCCCCGGCUAUCUGAUGAUGAGGCCUUUCAAGUUGACCCAACCACAAGACAUGAGAAUGCUUGGCAACUCGCUCUUGCGCAACGAGACCAACAGAGAAAUGAAGACAUUCCCAGUGCCGCCGUAACCGAGCAGCAGUCAGCUCACGAGACACAUGGCAUCACUCCGGAGCGCGCCCAACCCACUAGCGCUGAAAUACCGGCAUCAUCCCUGUUCCGAAGAAUUGCUAGUCUCACGCCUCGAUGGCUGAAAGCACCAAUUAGGGGAUCACCAAAGCGACCUAGUCCCCCGGUACGUGAAGAGAGUUCCGAAGACGAGGAACCAGAACCGGAACAAGAGGAGGUCGACGAGGUAGACGCGGCGGCGGCAGCAGCAGCAGCAGCAACCGAAGACAAGGAAGCGGAGGAUGAAGAAGAAAGCGAGGAGGACGAGGAGCUUCCUGUUGAACCAGCGCGAUUUGAUGACGAAGUUCACGGGGAAACCGGAAACAACCAAGAAAUGGAAGAAACGCCAAGGCCGUUGCAUCAAGUUGCUAGGAAAGGCCUUGACCGGCACAGCUCUGCCACGCCUCUCCCUGGCCAGAUGCUUGACCACGAACGUGCAUCUCCGGACGUGGGAACGACGGGUGAGACAUACGAACGUCAGCUUCCAUUGGCUGUUUCUGGGUAUUUUUCCGACGAUCACUACACGUUUCUGCGUCGCCUCUAUCGCCUAGCAAAAAGGUAUCCCGAACGGUUUCCCUUCCACUCCUCUGCUGAGCGGGCUGGCAUUGUAGGCGACUGGAUCUGGACAUCGGACGGGGUCCACGGGGUCCCUAUCACCGAACGCCAGUUUGCGAUUAUCGAUCGAUUCGUGCAAGAACUGGCCAAGGCCGACUUACAGGCUGGUGGAACGGGCCAAGUCGGCUGGACGGAAGCCGAUGUGCACCGAAGACUGAUCAGCAUUAUCAUUGGCGAAGAGAUCCGAAAAGAGAGGAAGGCCGGGAUGCAAGGACAGUGGAGCACAGAGUCUUCGAGAAACAGAGCUACAGCGGCCAGAUCGUGGCGCUGA